AUGUGCAAUGUUAACUACGGCCAGAAGUGUACAAAUGACGAUGACUGUGAUCUGUGGCUCUCGUGCUGUGAGGCCGGAUGUGGGAAGAGAUGUGUCCAUCGGUAUCACAAACGCGGAAAGCGAGACGCAGAGUGUCCCAAACCAUUCCAGAUGCAAAAUAUCUGUGACCGGGACGAUGCCGAGGAGUGUGAGGUAGACGAGGACUGCGCAAGGUGGAAGCAGUGCUGUAACGUCGGGAACUGCGGCAAACGCUGCGUCUAUGGGGUCCACAGGCAAGAGGAAGCCUUUGAAUGUCCAGCAGAAUCUCGUCUCCAGCCCAUUUGUCAGAUGAAACUGGGCUCUCAAUGUUCCACUGAUGACGACUGUGAUAUCUGGCAAAAGUGUUGUGAGACUGGAUGUGGGAGGAGAUGUAUCAUGAGCUUCAAGCCUGGAGUGUCUCCUAAAGGCCAAGGAUCCACAUGUCCGGACACGACCAGACUGCAUUAUGUCUGUCGGAUGAACUUCACCGCCCCCUGCGAUGGAGACGAUUCCUGUGGUCACUGGGCAUCGUGCUGUAACACGGAAUGUGGACCUCGAUGUGUGUCACAGUGGUUUGCGAGAAAGCCUGCUGACCAGUGCCCAGAGGAGGACAGCCUCUCCAUGUUCUGUCAGAUCAGCACCGGGCGUUCCUGUAAUGACAACGGGGACUGUGAUGGAUACCACUCGUGUUGUGAUGCUGGCUGUGGGAAGAAAUGCAUCCCAAAGUGUUUCACAGAAGAGAACAGAACCUGUCCCAUUGCAAGGAGGCUGACGAUGUUGUGCAACACGACCCUGGGAAAAGACUGCAAGAACGACACGCAGUGCGACGUGUGGCAGAGGUGCUGCCUGGCCAAGGGCUGCGGUGGGAAAUGUGUCCCAACAUUCAUCAGGAAAUUUUUGCGAAAGAAAUGCCCAGAACAUUCCCGUGUGUCUUUUCUCUGCAAGAAAAACCGGACUCGAUCGUGUGAGGAUGAUGAUGAUUGUCCUUCCUAUGAACAGUGCUGUGAGAUUGGAUGUGGCAAGAAAUGUGUCUCCUCAAUCAGGCAAGGUGAGAGACCCGGAGAGUGCUCAAGCCCAAGUCAACUGAGCUAUGUGUGUAACACAACUCUGGGCAAGGAAUGUAGAAACGAGAGCGACUGUGGCAGAUGGGGCACGUGCUGCUCUACCCCAUGUGGGCCAAGAUGUGUCCUCAGGCAUUUCAGAAAUGACGACGGGCAGUGCCCACGCCCAGACCAUCUUGCCCGUGUGUGUAACUGCACUUUUGGGAAGGUGUGUGAGUCAGACCAGGAUUGUGCAGGAUCACAAAGAUGCUGUGAUGCUGGGUGUCAGAAACGUUGUGUCCUGUCGUUCUACAGAAAGUCUCAUGGAGACUCGUGGAAAUCUGAGGAAUGUCCUAAGCCGUCCUCCCUGGAUCGUGCCUGCAGGAUGAAUCACAGCGCCUCGUGUGGAGAUGAUGGGGAUUGUGGCAAGUGGAGGUCAUGUUGUGAGACACCUUGUGGUAGACGCUGUGUCCACCCCUUCAUGGGGCAGAGCAGGAGUUUGUCAGUCUCAGAUCGGACAUCUGGAAUGUGUCCUUCUCCUGCUCGCCUCUCUGCCGUGUGUAACCUGAAGUACGGUGAGCUGUGUGAGGAAGAUAAUGACUGCUACGCAUGGCAGAUGUGCUGCAACACCAGCUGUGGGCAACGCUGUGUCCAUUCCUACCGCAGCAGGGGGAGCGAACAAAGGUGUCCCUCACCUUCCAGACUGAGCCACGUCUGUACCAUGAGUUUCCACACUCAGUGCAAUGAGGACAGCGACUGCGAGGGCUGGCAAACCUGCUGCAAUACCACCUGUGGGAACAGAUGUGUCUUCAAGUUCCUGUCCAGACCGACCCAGUGCCCUGCCUCCACCCGCUUGGACCCAUUCUGUGAGAUGAAGUUGGGAGACGUGUGUCAGAAUGACACUGACUGCCAUGCCUGGUCAUCAUGCUGCAAUGCCACCUGUGGAAAGAGAUGUGUACCUCGUUUCCUCAUGAGCCGUGAUGAUACCUGUCCUGCUCCCCACCGCCUGGAGCCCAUGUGUGACCUGAAACUCGGAGAUCGUUGCAGCGGAGAUGAAGACUGUGAUGCCUGGCAGAGCUGCUGUGAGAGCAAAUGUGGAAAUAUCUGUAUCCCCAGUUUCAUGGAUGAUGAUGAGGAAGGAGAGUGCCCCGCUCCGUCCCGGGUGAAGAGACAUUCGAAUGUAUCGUGUGUGACAGAUGAGGACUGCGGGAGCUGGGAACAAUGCUGCGACAUGGGCUGCGGAAGGAAAUGUGUUCACAGCAGCUCACUGCACAAGGGAGAGUCCCAGUGCCCACACAGCCGUACCCUGGGCAAGGUCUGUAACAUGACGUUAGGAGAUGAGUGUGAGGCUGAUACUGACUGUGACCGUUGGCAAAUGUGCUGUGACGCUGGCUGUGGAAAAAGAUGUGUUUUCCGAUUCUUCAAAGGAGGUGAGGGGUCAUCUGGUGAUGGUUGUGGUGUGGGGGGAUGUUAUGGGGGGGACACGGGAUAG